AUGGCGCUUAGGAAAGUGAAAGGAACCCUGGAUAGGGUCAUGGAUAAGAACUUACAGGAUUUAGUUAGAGGGAUACGAAAUCAUAAGGAAUCUGAGUCUAAGUAUAUAGCUGAUUGUAUUGAUGAAAUAAAACAGGAAUUAAAACAAGAUAAUUUAGCAGUGAAAGCCAAUGCUGUUAGUAAACUAAAUUAUCUACAAAUGCUAGGAUAUGAUAUAAGUUGGGCAGCUUUUAAUGUUAUUGAGGUGAUGAGCUCAACUAAAUUUACAUAUAAGAGAAUUGGAUAUUUGGCAGCAUCUCAGAGCUUCCACGAUGGAACUGAUGUGUUGAUGUUGACAACCAAUAUGAUAAGAAAGGAUUUAAGUAGUCAAAAUAUGUAUGAUGCUGGUGUAGCAUUAAAUGGUUUAUCAUGUUUUAUAACAGUUGAUUUAGCCAGAGAUUUAGCUAAUGACAUCAUGACAUUGAUGACAUCAUCGAAACCCUAUUUAAGAAAGAAAGCUGUUUUGAUUAUGUAUAAAGUAUUCCUUAAAUUUCCUGAAGCUUUACGACCAGCUUUUCCACGAUUAAAAGAAAAAUUAGAAGAUCCAGAUCCUGGAGCCCAGUCUGCGGCUGUCAAUGUCAUCUGUGAAUUGGCCAGAAAAAAUCCUAAAAACUACCUGUCUUUAGCUCCCUUAUUCUUUAAACUUAUGACCAGUUCCACGAAUAAUUGGGUUUUAAUUAAAAUCAUCAAAUUGUUUGGAGCUUUAACACCAUUAGAACCUAGGUUAGGAAAGAAAUUAAUAGAACCAUUAACCAAUUUAAUACACAGUACAUCAGCUAUGUCAUUGUUAUAUGAAUGUAUUAAUACUGUGAUAGCAGUACUCGUUUCUAUAUCUUCAGGCAUCCCCAAUCAUUCUGCUAGUAUACAGCUGUGUGUUCAGAAGUUAAGAAUAUUAAUUGAAGAUUCAGACCAAAACUUAAAAUAUCUAGGUUUAUUAGCCAUGUCACGCAUAUUAGCAACUCAUCCGAAAAGUGUUCAGUCCCAUAAAGAUCUAAUCUUACAAUGUUUAGAUGAUAAAGAUGAAUCCAUUAGAAUUAGAGCUUUAGAUUUAUUAUAUGGCAUGGUAUCAAAGAAGAAUUUAAUGGAAAUAGUCAAAAAAUUAAUGGUACAUAUGGAUAAAGCUGAAGGUUCACAUUAUAGAGAUGAAUUAUUAUCUAAAAUAAUUGAAAUAUGUAGUCAAUCUAAUUAUCAAUUUAUUACCAAUUUUGAAUGGUAUGUUAGUAUACUGGUAGAAUUAACCAGGAUGGAAGGAACAAGACAUGGUAAAUUAAUAGCCUCUCAGAUGUUAGAUGUAGCUAUCAGAGUACAAGCUAUACGACAUUUUACUGUUACACAGAUGGCAUUACUGUUAGAGAAUUCCCAUGCAUUAGUAAGUAAUUCUCAGAGAAAUGGUAUAUGUGAAGUUUUGUAUGCAGCUGCAUGGGUUUGUGGAGAAUUUGCAGAACAUUUAUCAGAUCCUUUAAAUACAUUAGAAUGUAUGUUGCGUCCUAAAAUAACCAUCUUACCUGGUCAUAUACAGAGUGUGUAUGUACAGAAUAUGUUAAAAUUAUAUGGUAAAGUUGUGAAGAGAGCUGAAGAUGAGGAAAAUGAAGAAAUGUUAAAGAAUGUCAAUGAGUUAUUAUCAGAUAAAUUACCUAUAUUUAUACAGAGUGCUGAUUUAGAAGUCCAAGAGAGAGCAUGUUGUAUAUUACAAGUAGCUAAAUAUGUUGGUAAAUUACAUGAAAAAGGUGCUAAAAUGGGAGAUGAAUUAGAACAGUUAUAUGCUGGUGAUUUAAACCCGGUAGCUGUGAAAGCUCAGAAAAAAGUUCCAGUUCCUGAAGGGUUAGAUUUAGAUGAAUGGAUCAAUGCCCCGCCAUCAGACAGUGAAGAAGAUGAAAUACAAGGAGCAUCAAUAUUUACUAUGGGUGUAUCACAAGAACAUAGGGCUAUAUACCAAUAUGAUGAUACACCUAGUAAAAAAACUUAUGAACCUACAGAAGAAGAAAUAACUAAGAGUCGAUCAGCAAGAAAAGUAGAACAACUACACAAUCCAAAUUAUUUGAAAGAUGAUGGCAAAUCCAAGAGACGUAAGAAUGAUAGUGUUAAAGUUGAUAACAUUCCAGUAGCUGAGAUCAAUCUCUCUGUACCAUUACAUAUACCGGGAUCUUCCUCUGAUAAAUAUGCACGUCUGUCAGCCUAUCAAGAUACAGACAGUAAAAAUAAACGUAAUAAAAAGGGUAAAAAGAAGAAAAGAAAACAUGGUGAUGAAGAAUCAGAUCAUGAUAUAGAAGUUCUGCAUGCUGUUAGUACAGUAGUAGAUAUGCCUGAGGGUAUUCAUCUAUCUGAUAAUGAUAAUGAUGAUGAUAAUAGUAAUGAUUUAAAUAAAAAACUAGAUAUGGACUUAGAUCAGCCACUACGUGAUGACGAAAGACUUCCAAAAACAAAAAAGAAGAAAGAAAAGAAGAAAAAGGAAAAGAAAAAGAAGGAAAAGAAAGAAAAGUUAAAAAGAAGUGAAUAUGAAGUAGCUGAAGGAAUAACGACACCUUCUAAAGAAAAUAUUUCAGUGUCUCAACAACCCACUCCUCUUGAUGUACAACUACCUCCAAUGUCCAGUUAUCAGUUACUAGCUGAAAAUACAACAUUAAAAAUGACAUGUGAAGUACGUGCUACUAAUCAGAGAAGUGAUCAAAUUAUUGUAUCUAUAGUGUUUACUAAUUUAUCCCAAAAUAACAUCAAAGAUUUAGAAUUUAAUGUGUUAGAUACUCUUAAUACCAAAUUAAUCCGUGGGCUUGGUCAUAAUAACCAAUCAGAUGCAGUUAAAGUACCAUUUAAUAUAUUACCAGAAAGUCAAAAUGAAGGACAAUUUGCGUUUUCUGUAGAAAAUAUCACUAUGCCUCAAAAAUUACGCGGAACGUUAACUUACAUUGUGAAGAGUGCUGAUGGAUCCAGUCAUGAUAAAAUAGAUUUUAAAUUAUCAUUACCUUGUUCUUCUUAUCUAGUUACAACUCCUUGCAAAAGUGCUGACUUUACAACAUUAUUAUCUAGUGGAGAUUUAACAGCCAAAUCAUCUCUACAGCUAACACCAACUGAUUCCAUAUUACAUAUUUCAUUAACCAAACUCUGUUUCUUCUUACAUUUUCGAGUGAUUGAACAAGUAGAUAAUAGUGCAUCAUUAUAUAGUAGAUCCAUUCAAGGUCACCCUGUUUGUGUACUAGUCAAAAAGGUGAAUGAUUCACUCAAAAUAGAUGGUAAAAGUACCGACAAUACAUUCUUAUCUAAUGUAUUAGAUGAUGUACGUAAUUUAUUAACAGCAGAAUCCUAA